CAACGAAAUGGGAACAAUUCAAGAAAGAAGUUCGUCGAAGAAUGCAAGAUCCUCCAUUUUUCAUAACYCUUGCUGAAUCUGAAAAGGUUGAAGUUUAUGCCGGAGCCAUCUACGAUGCCAUCUAUUUGUAUGCAAUCGCGUUAAACGAAACAUUGGCAGCUGGAGGCAAAAAGAAAGAUGGCAAAUCAAUUGUAGGCCGAAUGAUGAGCAGAGAAUUCGAGGGAGCWUCAGGUCAAGUGAAAAUUGAUUCUUCUGGAGACAGGGAGCCCGACUAUUCACUUAAAUACUACGUGAAUGGUAGUUUUCAAAACAUUGCWGAUUACAACCAUUCAACAGGAGGUUUUAAUCUACGAGAUGUUAUUGUSAUUUGGGCUGGAGGAAGGACAACACCUCCAGCUGAUCACCCUCCUUGUGGAUGGGUYAAYGAACACUGCGUAGAACAAGACCAGGAAGCUUCGAGGUUGAUUAACGUUGCCAUUGGUAGCGCAACCGCUGGUGUCGUUGUCCUGGCUUUGGUCUUCAUUGUCAUCACCCGGUAUUUUGAUAGAUACAUGUGA